AUGUCAGAGCCGUGGAAUUAUUUUAGGACCUUGGUUUACAAUAACGAAUCCAAAGCGGCCAAGAAAAGAAAAACCAAGUUGUCUAACACGAUUCCGGACAAUCUGAUACGUCUCGAGGAGAACGCCGCCGCCGUUGCCCCAAACCCGGUGCAAGUAUCGUCGGAUUAUCUUGCUGCAGGCGGCGGUUCAAGUACCGCCAAUAAUACCGGUAACAUAAAUUAUAAUAACGACGGGAUGGUUGCCACCGUUGUGACAACGUCGUCUCAAGUUAGUCUGCACGACCAGUCGGCGUCUAGGGCUCUGCUUCAGCAGCUGGUGAACAAUAAAAUGAAAUUUGACACGUUGGUGACCACGAACGACGAAUAUCCCUCGACAGUCGAGAGGAAGAUAUUGUUACAAAAGGUGAACGUCGUCACCAACGAGCUGCAGGUAAAAUAUCCAAACCUACAGUGGCAACAAGUCGGACCGGCCGCGACCGGGGAUCAGAUGCGGCAAGACGAUAGUUAUCAGUUCAUGAUGAGCCUGUUGCCGUACUUGCAAGACGUGCCACUGCACAGAAGAAUGGCGGUCCGGCAAAAGUUGCAAAACGUGUUCAUGUACGAACAGGACCGCAACAACUCCAAUAAUUGGAAUUACAAGAAUUCCGCUAACACCGUCGCCACCGCCACUACGGCCACCACCGCGGUGUAUCAAGCGCCGAUACCGGCGACCAGACCGCCGCCUCCUCCGUACAACAAUUACGGUCAAGAUUUUGUCUACGGCACGCCGCAAGUUCCCAAAUCCGACGUUAACGUAAGGCAACACAACCGGCAGAUGCAGCGGACGGAUUACUCCACGGCGAUGUACGGUAAGUCCGGCGGCAGCAACUACAACCUGGUGUCCUACGCCUCCGGUGUCGUCAACGAUCAAACGGCCGCGGCCGGGGUAAAUUUAAAGUCGCAGUUGGGGUAUAGUAUGGAGUCAUACGUCGCCGGUGCAGUCGUUAGCGAUCAAACGGCAACGGUGGGUGCCGGGGAUCUGCAGCAGCAGAUGCAGCAGUCUUCGCAGCAGACGUGGAGUAACGGUUACGGGUUACAAAAUAAUAUAAUAUGA